UUUAUGAAUCUUAUUCAAAAAAUGUCGAGUGUUCUCUCUCCUGCUUCUCCUUUUAAACUUGCUCUUAUUCAGUUGGGUGCUGUGGGUGCUGAUAAAACGAAGAAUUUGGCUCAUACUCGAGAAAAGAUUCUUGAAGCAGCCAAUCACGGUGCUCAUGUGGUUGUCUUGCCCGAAUGCUUUAAUUCACCUUAUGGCACGAACUUCUUUCCCGAUUAUGCUGAAUCAUUAGAAGGUGGUGAAUCUGUUACUAUGUUAUCUAAAACUGCCAAGGAAGCCAAUGUAUACCUUAUUGGUGGAUCUAUUCCUGAAAAAGAAGAGUCAAGUGGAAAGAUAUUCAACACAUUAACAGCUUAUGAUCCUUUUGGUAACAUGAUUGCCAAGCAUCGUAAAGUACAUUUAUUCGAUAUUGAUGUACCUGGAAAGAUCAAAUUCAAGGAAAGUGAUAUUUUGACAGGUGGUGAUUGGUUAACGCAUGUUGAUACCAAAUAUGGAAAGAUUGGUGUUGGUAUUUGCUAUGAUAUCCGAUUCCCUGAAAUGGCUAUGAUUGCUGCUAGAAAAGGAUGUUUGGCCAUGAUUUAUCCUGGUGCAUUUAACAUGACAACAGGUCCACUUCAUUGGGAAUUAUUGCAGCGUGCCAGAGCUGUAGACAAUCAAAUGUAUGUUGCUGCUUGUUCUCCUGCUCGUGAUCUCUCUGCUUCUUAUCAUGCAUGGGGACAUUCCACCGUGGUUGAUCCAAAGGGUGUUGUCAUCGCUACUUGUGAAGAUAAGGAGACCAUUGUUUAUGCUGACAUUGAUCCUGAACAAGUACGCGAAGUCCGUAAGAAUAUCCCAUUAUAUGAUCAACGCAGAUUUGAUAUUUAUGCUGAUGUAUCAGAGAGUGUCAUUAUUCAUCAGAAUGGUACAGGCAUCAAGAAAGAUGUUUAUUAAAAUACAGUGCCUAAUGCUUCAAACCAACUCACAAUACUCGAGUCAGAUUGAACGCAUUCUUUAAAC